AUGCCUUACCAGCAGAAUCACUCGUGCCUGCACGAGUGUGUAGUGGCAUGUCACAAGUUUGUCGAAGUCAAUGCCCUGGGUCUAACAGUAGCUGCCCUUAGCAGCUAUGAUUCCAACAUGAGAGCAGCCGCAUAUUUUGUCCUGGCUUCCUUUCGUUCUCAUCUGGAAGGAGCUCGCUUUCGAGAGAAGAAUCAGUUGCUGUAUCUCUUGGAUGCUGUGCAAAAUGGAAUCAGGCAGCCAAACCUCAGAUUUACCUUCUCUUUGACCCUCUACAUUGCUCGUGUGGCACAGCAGAUUCUGAAGCCAGAGGAGCACAUGUAUAUAAAGGUAAACAGAUUCCUACUGUCACACCAGUACUUGGACCUGAGGAAAGUACCAGGGUUUUUCCAGCUUUUCUACAGUUUUGAUUUCGAGUAUAAAACAGAACGUGAGUGGAUUCUCAGAUUUCUUGGAGAAGGGCUGCGUGAUAAAUACUGCUACGAACUUUAUGACUACCAGAGGAUUUUCCAGGUCAUUCUUUCCUUUUUCAACAGUCCUUUGUGUGAUGAGGGCUCCCAGAGUUGUAUUCUGGAGAUAUUACAAAAUGCUGCUCACGUCACCAGAGCUGCCUAUGAGCUGAUACAAGAUCACAGCCUCCUAACCUGGAUACUGCAUAUCUUAGAGAAAAGGUUUCUGGAAAACAAGCUGUUGAAUAAAAUUAUUUCUUUACUACAUACUCUGUGGCUAACAAAUUUGGGAGGCAAGAGAGAAAGCAAGAAUCAAUCCCAGGAGAACAGGAAGUUUCUUCCUAUUCAGCUUGUAAAUGAAUUUCUGUAUGUUUUGAUCACAUUAAUCAAACACAUUCGGACUAAUUUAGAUCUAGCCAAACUGACUCAGUUUUUCAGUACACUCCAUUCUGUGCUGGAAUAUCGUGCUAUAGUGGUUGAGGCCUUCAAAGAAAUGAGACGGUUCACUGUGAAUGAUGGCGUUCUCUCAAACAAAGAGAUCCUGCUGCUGCUGCAUAAGUGGAGCAUCAUCGAAAAAGACCUGCAACUGCAAGAGGAUGUGCAGACUCUUGCUCAGAAAUACCAAAUCAAAGAAUUGCUUAUUAAGGAAAAGAACAAAUCUCAAGCCUCAUCUCAUGCGUAUCAUCGCAUUCGGAAAAAGCAUGAGGUAGAAAGAGAAGACGACACUGCUGCAGACCUGAAAGUCUCCGAGCUGGAGAAAUGCAGAGGUCAUCUCAAUGCCAUAUUUGCCCAUUGGGAGCCUGUUUUCCCAGCACCGCCUACCAGACACCAAGGGGAGCCCCUCAAAUCCACUGACCUUGCGGAUGAAACAGUCAGUCUAACCUGUGCGUCCGCUUACGUAGUAACUCAAUGGCUCAUAAAGUCCAUGGUUGAACACAGCCUCAAUACGCAAAAUGUUUCGUUAACUCUACGGUGGCUACAGAAUUGCAUCUUGCCACACCCAGUGGCAGUGCAGGAGGUGCUCAGGGAUGAGACAUUGAGAAACAACAUCUUCAAGUUUUACACGCAGAUCUGUGAGGCCAGCAGUGGGACAGCAGAACUCUUUAAAGAGCUCUGUUCGUUCAGUUCAAUCAUGCUUCGCCUAAUGGAUGCUCAGGGCCUGACCAACAACAGCUGUCAUGAACUUGUGAAAACAUUGUGCCUGUCGGCAAUGACGGAAGAGGAUGCAAACAAGAAAGCUGUUUGUGUAUUCCUGACUUCUGUUUACAUUGGGGACAUAUGGCUUGGAGCACAGGAGCCAGAUAUGUUAAUAACCCAUGUCAAAUUGAUCUGCAGUAGUACAGAUGAUAAAUUAAAUGAUGACUUGGAAACUCAUAAACAAGGAGAAGAAACUAUUAUGCCUCUUUGCAAAACCCUUCACUUGGCUGCAUUGGGGCAUUAA